UGCUAGAACUAGUUUUCAUCGCGGAGUGUCACGUCGGUUGAUCUCUGCCCCCUCAGCUUAAUUGCGAUAACGAUGCGCGGAGGACAGAUGCAGGUGUUCCACGGUCAUAAUUAAACGAAAACAACUUUCCGCGCCGUGUGAACGGCGCUCACAAGCUGCUGCACUGAAAAAAAAUCAUACAUCAGAAUUCCGACGCAUUGGCUAUAUAAAAGCUCUGUUACCCAAGAUGAACAGCAGUGGACCAGCAUAUCCCCUCGCUUCUUUGUAUGUAGGGGACCUGCAUCCUGAUGUCACAGAGGCCAUGCUCUACCAGAAAUUCUCUCCUGCUGGACCCAUCAUGUCAAUCCGUGUGUGCCGCGACAUCAUCACCCGCAGAUCUCUGGGAUAUGCCUACAUUAACUUCCAGCAACCGGCUGAUGCGGAGUGCGCCCUUGAUACAAUGAACUACGACGUUAUCAAGGGGCGGCCAAUCCGAAUAAUGUGGUCUCAGCGUGACCCAGGACUCAGGAAGUCUGGUGUGGGAAACAUCUUCAUCAAGAAUAUGGAUGAAUCUAUUGACAACAAGGCACUGUAUGACACCUUCUCAGCUUUUGGCAAUAUCUUAUCCUGCAAGGUUGUUUGUGAUGAGAAAGGAUCCAAAGGCUAUGGCUUUGUUCACUUUGAGACUCAUGAGGCUGCAAACCGGGCCAUUGACACCAUGAAUGGGAUGCUGCUGAAUGAUAGGAAAGUUCGAGAGACACAUAAUCAGUUGGAACCUGGCAUUGUCAACCCAAAGGUCCAUUUCCUGGGGGAAAAAUGUCAGUUGUCCCUGCUUAGUUUUGUUGGCCACUUUAAGUCCCGCAAGGAAAGAGAGGUGGAGUUUGGUACCAAAGCUAUGAAGUUCACCAAUGUCUACAUCAAAAACUUUAGUGAAGACUAUACUGAUGAGAAACUCAAGGAAGUAUUUUCUGCAUUUGGGAGGACUCUCAGUGUGCGGGUGAUGAAGGACGAGAGGGGCCGUUCACGAGGAUUUGGCUUUGUAAACUAUGCUAACCACGAGGAUGCUCAGAAGGCAGUUGAUGAAAUGAAUGGAAAGGAUAUCAAUGGGAAAAUCAUCUAUGUAGGUCGGGCUCAGAAGCGUCUGGAGCGCCAGGGAGAGCUCAAGCGCAAGUUUGACCAGAUCAAACAGGACCGCAUCCAGCGCUAUCAGGGGGUGAAUCUGUAUGUGAAGAACUUGGACGAUAGCAUAGAUGACGAGAGACUCCGGAAGGAGUUUGCCCCUUAUGGCACUAUCACCAGUGCCAAGGUCAUGACAGAUGGCUCUCAAAGCAAGGGCUUUGGCUUUGUUUGUUUCUCUUCACCUGAGGAAGCAACAAAAGCAGUAACUGAAAUGAAUGGAAGAAUUGUUGCAACCAAGCCACUGUAUGUAGCUCUGGCUCAGCGGAGGGAGGAGCGUAAAGCAAUCCUGACCAAUAAAUACAUGCAGAGACUUGCUACCUUGAGGACCAUGACUAGUCCGAUCAUUGACUCAUACCAGCAGGCUGGAUACUACAUGACUGUACCACAGCCUCCCACUCGCUCCUUCUACAACCACAAUGCUGUCAGCAACAUGAGACCAGUACCGCGUUGGACAGGACCACCACCAAGACUACAGGGCCCCUACACAACCCAGUUUGUUGGUAGUUCUGUUCCCCGACGUGGCUCGACCCCUAUCGCUACAGUCAGACAGGCUUCCACCCAGGCUCCGCGCAUCAUAAGCUCUACACAAAAAACAAAUAACAUUGGGACCCAGACUGUAGGAGGGCGUACUGACAUGCCUGGUGUGACUAGAAACAGCCAGUACAAGUACUCUUGUGCAGUGAGAAACGUCCAGCAGGUUAUUACUGUACCUGGACCCAUGACAAGACUACAGGUUGUUCCUGCACCUAUGAUGGAGCCACCAGUGCACAUUCAAGGCCAAGAGCCGCUCACCGCCUCCAUGUUGGCUGCAGCUCCACUCAUGGAUCAGAAACAGCUUCUUGCUAUACUUAGGGGAGCGAUUGUACCCACUGAUCCAUGCCCUUCACCCAAACCUGGCUGGAAAAAUCACUGGGAUGCUGCUGGAGAUCGACAACUCGGAGCUGCUGCACAUGCUCGACUCGCCCGAGUCCCUGCACUCUAAGGUGGACGAGGCGAUUGCUGUCCUGCAGGCUCACCAGGUGAAGGAAUGCUCUCCUAAGAAGUGAAGAGCCCUUUCAGGUCAGCAGCAGCUGCUCUUCAUCUGUUGAGACAUUUCAGCAGCACCUUGCUGUAUACAACACAGGCACUAUUCAUGAUUUACAGUUACUAUACAUUGAAAGUAUUGCUAAUUUUUGACUUAAGUUGGAUGUUGGUUUAAGACUGGAAAACUUGCACACCUGUGCCAAAUGGUUUUGCAAAUAUCUGCAUCAUGUUACAAUGUUUGCUUAUUUGGUUAAAGGAAAGACUUGUUCUUUGCUCUGAAAAGUCCUUUCAAUUUGACAAUACUCCUGAAUGAAACAUCAGGAAGUUAGGACUAUGGCUGUUUAGUCCAUGUGACGAUCACAAUUGAAUAGGUCAGAAAGAAUUCUGCACAGCUGUGUUUCAUAGACAGUGCGCCGAGUUGCAGACAUGAAAUGUUACCGCAAAAGACUUAACCAUGUCAUUUUUUCCAGAUGUCAACGACUUUCUGGAGGAGCAAAAAAAAAAAAAUUUGGAAAGAGAAAUGUUGUGUGGUUUAAAUUGAUAGUAAAGAUAUUUGUAAAGUUAAAGCUAUUUUGUUGUUGCAAGACCUUUUGUUAGAAGAUAAAGUUUACAGUAUAUGCAUUAAA